GCAGGUUCCCUACCCCUGCUCCAGACAAUUAUGUUUACAUGGACAGUUUCAAGUGGGUAGCUAGUUCUGAGUCAAGCAACACCCAAAAGACUAACAAGAUUUCCAAGGCAUAAGCUUUCAAAAGAGGGGUGACACAGACAGCAGGCCUUGGAUGGAGGAUUUUCACUGGGAGGCCGGACAUUGAUCACAUGGGCAAUUGGUUUAUGCUGCUCCCUCCACCCUGAGAGUAAAAUCCCAGAAGUCAAUUUUUCCAUCUGGGUGCUCAAAAACAUGUCCCUGAGCAAAUAGGAACCAAGGCUAGCAUUAAAGAAUUGGUCGAUGACCACUGGGCACAAGGGUCUCAUUGAAUAUAUGCUUGUAUGUCUUGUAUGCAUGUCAUAAUUUUUUCUCUAUAAAUAUAGGAGCAGGAUUGGAGUCCAACAAGUUCUGAAAGACCUUCAAGAUUUCCAAGCAAGGGUUGUCUACUUCCAGAGGGCACCUGGAGACCUCCCAUUAUUACACUUGAUCUCCAGACGACCACAAUCAUCUCCCAUGGGGUGGGGAAAUGGCUACUUUGGAGGGUGGACUAUAUGGCAUUAUAUUCUGCUGAGGUCCCUCCCCAAAUUUUGUCCUGAAGUCACAGCUGGAUUUGGCUGCCCGCCACAGUCUAGGCGACGAACGUAUUUUUGCUGACCCAUGGAGUCUCAUGGAUCUCAGUGGGUUUCCAGAAUGCUCUGUGGGAUCCAAAGGCUACAAGCUCCCUGGAUGAUAUGAUCAAUGACUGGAUUACUAGAUUCUCCCAGGCCUUGAUGGGAUUGCUCCCUGGCAUCUUCUCCGUCCUCCACUCCCCAAAUACCAUGGUUCUUGAGACCCACCCCCAAAUCUCUUGGAAUCUAAGCAGGGUCAGCCAUGGUUAGUAUUUGAAUGGGCAACCUCCAAGGAAAGCCAAGGUUGCUAUGUUGAUUCAGGCAAUGACAGACCACCUCUGAAUGUCUCUUGCCUUGAAAACCCCAUGGGGCUGCCAUGAGUCAGGUGUGACAUGGUAACACUUUCCACCACCAGUCAUAGUUUGUAUCCUGCCCUCACUUCAAGGAGCUCAGGAGUUCCCAUCUCUCUUAUAUCCUUACACCAACCCUUUAAGGAAGGUUAGGUUGACUGGUUGUUACUAAUCCAAGGUCCUGGUAACAUUUGAACAUUUGAACUAGCCUGAAUUCCACACCACAGCCAUACUGGAUCUUGAAUUGGUCCAAAGAUUUAAUAAGCAUAGAGUGUAAGGGAUCCUCAAUCUUGUUGAGUCACUGGGCACUUAAUGACCACCAUGGUGGAUGUGGACGACCACAAAAUGUGGAGAGAUUUCAAGACAAGUGUCCUCCUAUGAUGGAGACAGGUGCUUUUGCAUUGUUUUCUUUGAAGCAAUUCCUGCUUCAGUGAGAAUGGUGGAAAAGCAGGACUGGUUCUUUGCUUUGGGGAAAAAGAAACAGGCACCAAUGCACAUCAGUGGGCAACAUGUUGGGCUUCAGUGAGCCUGCAUAUGCUACUGAAUGGUGCAUUCCGUUUUCAGCACUGCUCAAGAAGUUUGCUAUAUCUGGUAAUGUCAAGAAUGAAGCUCAACAGCCCUUAGUUUGUUAUUUCUGAACACCAUCGACAACACAGCAGGAACUCCACCCACUUCAGCCACACACACCAAAAUCUACAGUGGAUGAAAAACUCCAAACAACCCUAACGAGAGGUGAUACCAUGGAGGCGCCUCCUGUCUCUAUGAUGCCAGUCACUGGUGGUACCAUAAACAUGAUGGAAUAUUUGCUCCAAGGGAGUAUUUUGGAUCAAAGUCUGGAGAGCCUGCUUCAUCGACUCCGUGGUUUGUGUGACAACAUGGAACCGGAGACCUUCCUGGACCAUGAGAUGGUGUUUCUCCUGAAGGGGCAGCAAGCCAGCCCUUUUGUGCUGCGUACACGCCGCUCUCUGGACAAACCUGGCACUCCUUGGCAUUUGCGGUAUCUUGGGCAGCCGGAAAUGGGAGACAAAAACCGCCACGCCUUGGUGCGCAACUGUGUGGACAUUGCCACUUCGGAGAACUUGACAGAUUUCUUGGUGGAGAUGGGUUUCCGCAUGGACCAUGAGUUUGUGGCCAAGGGCCACGUGUUCCGAAAGGGCAUUAUGAAGAUUGUGGUGUACAAGAUAUUCCGCAUCCUGAUCCCAGGGAACACUGAUAACAUUGAGCCCUUGUCUCUCUCCUACCUUGUGGAGCUCAGUGUUGUAGCACCGGCAGGACAGGACGUGGUCUCGGAUGACAUGAGGAGUUUUGCUGAGCAGCUGAAGCCUUUGGUGCAGUUAGAGAAAAUCGAUCCUAAAAGGCUGAUGUGAACACGCUGGUUUUACUGACUGAGGAGCUUCUGAGAGCUUCAAACAGCAUAGAGAGAUGUGUAGGAACAGAAGAAUCAGGAUGAUCUGGUUGGCUUCAGAAUCUUUGGUGUCUUGUUUUCCGGUGGUUCCAAAUAAAAAAAAAUGGCGAUUA